AUGAGUCUCCGGGGUGUGCAACUAGGCCUCAGAGCCUGGGAGUUCUUAUGGACCCUGCUCGUUAUGGCCCUCAUCGGUAACAUGAUCGCUGAAGCUUUCUCCGGGAACCCUGCGACCGUAAACUACUCCAUCUACGUAUCGGUCUUCUCAAUGCUCACGCUGUUCUACCUAAUCCCGGCCUCCUACAACAUCGACUGGUCCGGCCACCCGAUCAUCAUGAUCAUCAUCGACGCCCUGAACUGCAUUUUCUUCUUCUGUGCUGCCAUCGCCCUCGCCGCAAGGCUGGAAUGCCACUCUUGCAACAACGAGGAAUACCUCAAGAGCAACGAGAUCACCAAUGGUGCAGAGGACAUGACCAAGCGCUGCCGCGAGGCCCAGGCCUCGGUUGCUUUCCUCUGGUUCGCCUGGGCAGGCUACAUGGCCUCCUUCAUCGUCUCGGUGUUCAUGUGGCGUUCUUCUGCCGGCCCCUCGCGCAGCCGUACCGGUAGCCGUCGCGGCGGCCGUCCUAACAUGACUCAGGUUUAA